AUGCAUAAAAAAAUUCAACUAAAGGAUAACCAAACAAACGAAGUUGACGACACAGCAUCACCUCCGGAACAACAAACGUCUCACAAAUCAAGUCGCACAACACCAAUUUCUCCAUCAAAGCCGGCCAGUGACACAAUCGAAUCCACUCUGCCGGGUACCAAACUACCCAAGACGUCGACCCAAUGGUCCGAAGCCAACGUUUACUUUCAACUACAACAACAAUCACUUCCAAGCUAUGACAAUAUCGACAACUUCACGUCCGCCUUCCAACAAAUGAUUUACAACUAUUUCGCCACAAACUAUGGCACUCUUAAACAACAAACAGUCAAUAAUACCAGCUCCAACAAAUCAAUCAAAAAUCUAAAAAAAGAACUAAAACAGCUAAAGCUACUAGGCCACAACAAUCAGCGCUUCGAUGACCAAAUCAUCACAACAAGCAAAGCGCUCAGAGCUCAAAUAAAGUCAAAAAAAUUAACAAAAUGCGAUCAAUCAGUCGACGUCACGUCUCAGCUAAAACAGCGCUUUUGGGGGACAUGUAAGAAAAUAUUCGACCAAACAGAAAAUUUGAAACCACUGUUUGGUGUCACUGAUUGCCAUCAAUAUUUUCUUUCGAUUCUCAACAAUCCUCAUCAAACAAAAUACCAAAUACCUAGCUGGGCUCCAAAAUUACAAAAGCCUCCAACACUCUGCAACACAAGCCCUCCUACAUACCACGAAAUUUCAACAAUAAUCCAUAAAUAUAAAUCAAAAUCAUCACCAUGCCCUUUCGACCAGAUUUCGAUAAUUCCAUUUAAAAAAUGCCCAAUACUACGAACAAUUCUCCACAAACUGUUUUUUCAAUUGUUUCGAUUUGUCGCUGGUCGACAUUAUUUGCGUUCCUUAAUGAAUUUUGAAGUCAGAUGGGUCUUGAGUUCCGCUCUGAACUUCGUAAGUGAUGGAGAAGUAGUCAGAGAAGUAGUCAGUGCAAAAGAACAAGAUAUGGAGAUAUAUGAGAAAAGAAAGGGGCACGAGCAACUAGACGAGCAGCAAAGUUAA